GGCGGUGGGUGUACGUGGUUAUGAAUAUAUAAGGCCUUUCCUGCCUCGAUUCUGACAUUGAGCUGCGAGAAAGAAAACACCUCCCAACCAAGCCCCGCCCCAUGCUUUUUCUGAACGAAUUCAUCACCUCACACUUCCGCGCAGACCGUAGUUUUGACAAACAGAGGAUGGCGUCCGUAAGGGAGAACAUGCUGCAGCUGGUGCACAAGUACCUGAGCGUCAUGAACGAGCAGGGCCCCGACGGCCUCAGGACCGUCAUGGCCCCCGACUUCAGGCUCAAGAUCGCCCCCAAGACCCUGGGCCUCCCGCCGCCGGGCAGCCUCGACGCCUACAUUGACCUCCUGAAGGGCAGCCAGAAGGCCAUGGGCAGCAAGAACUCCAAGAUGUUCUUGGUGGACGGGUUCGAGCCCGUCGUCGACGAAGCAGGCCACCGCGUGGUACUGCACCUGCAGUCAACCGCGGACUCGAACUUCGGACCAGUCGAGAACGAGUUCAUGGUCAUCCUCAAGACGACCGAAGACGGCACCAAGAUCAAGGAGCAGCACGAGUUCAUGGACAGCGCCGCGUUCGCCGCGCUCAUGGGCAAGAUGCAGGGUCAGCAGGCGUAGGUAGGGCCGAUUGGCGCAGGCGGCAGGGCAGGGCACGCGGCAGGGUCCGAAAGGGUGUCCGCAGUGU